GUUUGCGAUAGUUUUGCGGUGUAUUUAAUCCUUUUUUUUCCCCCUCCCUUUCCGUGAAUUUGUUUUAUAAGUUGGUCAGAAGGGGAUUUGGGAAGGGGGGUGAGAGAACGGAUCAGCUGGGUGUUGUGGCCUUGCCGUACCCAUCAUCCCCAGCCAGGUGUCGGGCGCCUGUCCUUUGCUUUCCUCUCCCAAAGAAUCCAGAAUAUAAUAGGGAUAAGAAUAGCCAGUGAUGGAGCAACCACAUCCUGGGAGGCCAAGCUGUUCCCUUGAUGAGUUGUUAUCGCUUUCAAGAAAUUUCUCCUUAGUUCUAGGCUGGAUUUCCCAUUGAUCAGCUUCCACUUAUUGCUUCCUGUGCAAAGGCAACCUGGACUGUGGCAGUUCACCUCCUUGGUUUCACUCCUGCAGCCUCCUUGGAGGCAGUUUUGUCAGAGAACCAAGAUCUUUCUCUAAUCCAGCAGGAGCCCUGAGGGGCUGCUUCCUUCAAGUUUUGGGGCGCAGCCUUCCCACUUUGCAAGCUAUUUUGUCUUAUCCUGGCUACCGCUGAGCGAUGCUUGGUUGCUCCUCUGCUACACAACAAGAGAUCUGGUGAUCUCUAAGCAUCUCCUCAGUUCCUAUUCCAAAAACGAUUCGGCCGAUUGCCUCAGAAGCUACAGACUAAAGGAGCAGAAUCCCCUGAAGUCUUCUGCAGGCCAAACUCUGGCUUUUGACAGUGACCGUUUUCCUUCAUGCAGCACCAACAAGCACGUUUCCUCCUGGUUGGGGAAGGAAAUUUUUCCUUCUCGGUCCAUCUGUACAAAGAAAGAGGCUGUGACACUCAUAUUAUUGCAACCUGCUACGGUAGUGAAGAGUCUAUAUCUGAACAAGCUUUCACCAAAUCCAACGUACAGUUUCUGAGAGACAAAGGUGCCGAAGUCUACUUUUCUGUCAACUGCACAAAACUGAAGGAAUACUUCUCGCCGGCUAUAAGGAAUUUUGACCGUAUUUAUUUCAAUUUCCCCCAUUGUGGAAAAAAGGCUGGAAUAAAAAAGAACAGGGAGCUUCUUGCCAGGUUUUUCUGCAGUUGUGCAGAUGUUCUGGCAGAGAAAGGAGAUGUCCACGUGGCACUUUGCAAAGGACAAGGAGGCACCCCUGCAGACCAGCCGGUGCGUGAGUGGCACAACAGCUGGCAAGUUGCGGAGAUGGCAGCAGAAGCAGGAUUUAUCUUGAGCGGCAUCGAGCCAUUUAAUAUCAGAGAUGUCGGUGGAUAUAAAUGUACAGGCUACAGGAAUCAGGAUAAAUCUUUCUGCAUAGAAGGCGCUCUGGAUCACAUAUUCACACGGAGUGUGCCAUUUCGGCAUUCUCAACCUUCGAUUUGCAAAAUGGAGCUGGAAGGCGAGUCAGUGUCCUGCCAAAUUCCGCAGAUGUUCCUAGAUAAGAUAAACAGGAACUACUUAGGUGUUGAUUCGAAUCAUCCUGUGAGAACCAUAAAUGAAAAACUAAUUGACGGCCUCGGCAGAUCGUUCGCAGUUCAGAAGGUGAAUUCUUCAUUUCCCUUGGUAUUCAAAGACCAUUCUGCUUCAUCGGACGCCUUUUGGAUGGUUCCUGUGGCCAAAAGCCGCCCUGAAAUUAAGUCUGUGGCUUCUAAAGGAACUGAUGAGGACCAGGAUUUGACUUGGACCUCAGGACAAUAUUACCUUCGGCCUUCCCAGUUGGUUUUCCUUCAUUCUAUUGUAAAGCAAAGAGGCUUUUCUCCUCAGAGUUUGUUGGCCCUCAGUGGACUGGCUUUUAAACAGUGUAAAAUUUCAGUUCACGUGCCUCCUAUUUUUCAUGAGGCCCUCUUUAUCUGCGCAGUUAAGGAAGAGGUAGAAGAGUCACAACUCCUGACGGAAGGCCUCCUAGGCACGUUGAAUUCUUUACUGCGGUCAUCCGAUGUUAAGUUGGACUCUCUGAACCAGGAGUCAGAAAGCACUCAGCAAAAUACCUUUCUACCUUCUCCCGAAUCGUUUCUCCUCAACACAAAAUACACUGUGACUGUCAGCUGCCACGGCUCUGAUUCCGGCCCCAAAGAAUUUCCCGUCGGGACAAUAAGCACCGUUCGGUGUCAACCUCCAAGCGUUACUCAAAACACGGUCUGCAUUUCUUUGAACCUCGACCUUCUGGCGAUGCGCGCGUGUGGCAUUUCCGACUGGCGGAUGCUCUGGACUCCGGACGAGCGUUUCGCGAGCCAGUUUUUGGGGGGCCGUUUAGGCGUUUUCCAGAGCUUUUCCCUCCACCCGCCAGCCUACGUGCACGACAUCAGCUUUUGGCUUCCAGAGGCAGAAACAUUCCGCGAAAUCCAGUUUCAUACCAUUGCCAGGCGUGUGUCUUUAGACGCGGUUGCGUCUGUCCAGCUGCUGGACCGUUUUCGGCACCCGGGCGCAGCACACGCCACCAGCUUGUGCUACAGGCUCACCUACCAGUCUUGCGACAAAGCGCUCGCUCGCCCCCAGGCGGCGGCCAUGCAGAUGGCGCUUAGGGAAGAACUGCAGCGUUGUCUCCGGGUGGUGGUUAGGUAGGAGGACCAGGAGGAGAACUUGGCAGGGAGGGCCAGUGGUAGUGCGGGCAAAAUAGGAGGAGGGAGCUGUGCUGGAUGUUUUGGCCGCCUGGAGUUACUGAUAAAAUAUAAGAAA